AUGAGUUUCUUUGCUCCUUUUCAGGACAGUUAAAACUAUUCGCUGUCAUUAUCUUCUAUUUUCUCAGAUUUUUUUUUUCUUUUUUUUUUUGGGUCAGUUCAACUAAAGAUGGACAGAAAUCAGUUGCAACGCCAGGUUGCUCUAAUGAGGAGUUCCCUGAUUGAACAGGGUUACCUGGAUGAGCAACAAUUCCUUCAAUUGGAGGAUUUGCAGGACGAUGUUAAUCCUAAUUUUGUGGAGGAAAUUGUAACAUUGUUUUAUAAAGACUCGGCCAGACUUUUCCACAACAUAGAACAGGCACUGAAGAGUAGACCCGUUGAUUUCGCUAAGCUGGAUAAUUACAUGCACCAGUUUAGGGGUAGUACCUCCAGUAUUGGAGCUAUAAAGGUCAAGAAUGAAUGCAAUCAAUUCAAGGAAUUUUGUUUGGCAGGAAAUGCUGAGGGAUGCGCAAGGGCUUUUCAGAAAGUGAAACAAGAGCAUGAGACUUUAAGGACCCAGCUUGAGACUUAUUUCAAGUUAAGAAGGCAAGCUGGAUUGGCAGAGACUGUCUAAGGUGCCGAGUUAAUGAUACGUAAAGAGAUCAUAAAUAACCUUCAAAGUGUCAUUCUGUAGUGGCAUUUACAAGGCACUGCCAUCAUCAUGGAAAUAGUUUAGGGAAAAUAUAUAUGUAAUAUAUAUGUUUUCUCUUGUUUGCAACUCAGUUAUGCUCUAGAAAAAUAUGGACGUUUUUCACUACUAAUAAUGCAAAUGUUUGAUCUGUUCUAUGAUUUUGAUCCUCAUGAUUGAAUCUUAUAUAUCAACUUUUUCUCUUA